GAAUAUAAUGUUACAUUGCAUAAAAUAUUGAUGAUGUUCAUUCAUAUUAUUAGUGCUUUAUAUAUCAUUAAUGAGUAUAAAUAUCAUUUAGUAAGUGUCUAAACCUCAUAUUAAUCAGAUUUGCUACAAUAGUUUCUCUGCAACAUUAAGCUGGUGUAAUAGCAUUUGGAUAUUUAUGGUGGCACAUUGUAUCAUAAAAUAUAGAGUGACAGUCAAGCACCUUUGGUAAUAUUUCUUCAUUCUGAGGUGUUUAUUUCAACAAAAUCUACCAAUGCAAUUACUUGCUAUAAUUGGAAAGUUCUAGGGAGACACCCUUUUAGAGUAUCUUAGAUCUAUUUUUACAAAAUAAAGACAAGCAGAAACAACAUUGUUUUGCAAUCUGUGAGUUAACAAAGUGGCAUUUUGGGAAAUCUUAGAAGUAGCAUUUCAAGGGCUUAUUUAAUCAUUGAAAAUAAAAUGUUUAAAGUUGAUCUGUCUGUCAAGUUUGCUUACAUGCUGAAGCCUCUGCCUACUAAGUCAGAUAAUGAUAUUGAUGACUUUGAGCUGGUUGUCACACGUUACAGACCAGAGGGUCUUGACACACUUGUUAAAAACACUAAAUUCUCCAGAAAAGAACUCCAAAUCAUGUACAGAGGUUUCAAGCAGGAGUGUCCCACUGGGAUUGUGAAUGAAGAUACCUUCAGAGAAAUUUAUGCUCAAUUUUUCCCCCAGGGAGAUUCAAGUGCAUACGCCCACUAUGUAUUCAAUACAUUUGACGUGGAUCACAGUGGAACAAUCACUUUUGAGGAAUUUGUCAUUGGUCUCUCUGUGAUUUCUCGAGGGAGCUUGCGUGAAAAACUAGAAUGGGCAUUUCGACUUUAUGAUAUCAAUGGAGAUGGCAUGAUUACUAAAGAUGAGAUGACAGAUAUUGUUUCUGCAAUUUACGACUUAAUGGGAAAAUAUGCAGAGCCAGUUAUUGAUGAAACUACUCCCAGAGAUCAUGUGGAAACAGUGUUUGAAAAAAUGGAUUUAAACAGGGAUGGACUUAUUACUAUGGACGAAUUUAUGCAAACUUGCGGAAAGGAACGCAGUCUGGCAGAGUCAUUAAUGGUCCUGGACACAUAUAUUUGUUCUGACUCCUACACUUGCAGUGACACAACCAACCAUGGGACAUAGGGCAACCUUUCUACUUUUAUGCAUGUAUUGAGAAUGUCAAACCAAGGAUGACAUGAUAUCACAAUCCAUGGCUGUAUUGGAUACACGAUUAUAACAACCUUGGCCUGCCAUCUAUUUACAAUGACAUUCAGAUUAAACUUUUAAGCACACAAACAUUUUUCACGUUUUAUUGAAAAUACCUACAGUAUCAUUGAUGAAGUAAUAAUGAAAUAUUUUCGCAGAACAUGCAAUAAAAAAUCAUAGGCAUGCAUGAGAAAUCAUAUUGCUCUGUUUUCGUAAACAUCAUCAAGCAUUCUUAACAUAUGCAAGGUAAUAAAAUGGUAAUAAAAAUACAAUUUCUUUAAAAUUAGAGUUGUGCCAUGUCACUAAUGAGCAAAACUCAUAUAUGCCUAUAAUUUUAGUUUCUUGUAAGAAAAUUAUAAUUUACAUGUAAUAUUCUUGUGUACAAUGCUCCAGACAAACAUGAUUUCUUGUUCAUAAGAUAACCCUCUUUUAGACCAAGUUGGUCAGUUAAUUUGUCUUUAUUUACUUUGAGGAUACCAUAAUUUAUAACAAUUUGUAAGGCCAUAUUGCUAUAUUUUAGAAUGCUGGUGUGAUUGAUUAGAAUCUGAAGUUGAACCCAAAGUAUUUGUAAGAAAGAGAAUCCACCAUCUCAGUCACAUUAAAUGAUAUUAUAUUUUGUAAAAAGAAAUAAUAUGCAUACAUAUACUAUUAUUACUAUAGACUGAAUCAUUCACCAUAUGCAUCAGUUUGAAACAGUUGUGGUCAAAGAUUUCUGAUUUCCAAUGGAGAGUUUAUUAUAGUGCCAAAUAGCUACAUAGUUUUUCAAAGGAAGAAUCAGAUGUUCCCGUAAUCUCUCCAAAACAUAGUUUUUCAAAGGAAGAAUGAGAUUACGGGAACAUCUGAUUCUGCCUUUAUAUAUCUGAAAUCAACAUAUUAACGAAUAGCAGACUUGUAAAUAGUGAAAAACAAUUGAGA